AACUUCCUCACUAUCAGGACCUCAGCCAGGCAAGAUGGCUGCGGCCGCUCAAGUCGUUGGAGAGUUUGAAAACUGGCUGAAUGAUCGGUUGGACUCGCUCGAAGUAGACCAAGAAGUUUAUGGCGCAUAUAUACUCGGUGUUCUUCAGGAAGAGGAGAAUGAUGAAGAGAAAAAAGACGCUUUACAGGGCAUUCUCUCCGCUUUUCUGGAAGAUGACACCCUAGAAGAGGUUUGCCAGCAGAUCCUACAACAGUGGACCGAGUGCUGCAGCAGAAAUUCAACAAAGAGAAAUGAGGGAGAUGAUGAGGUUCAGGCCAUUGCCAGUCUAAUAGAGAAGCAGGCGCAGAUUGUGGUCAAACAGAAGGAGGUGUCAGAGGAAGCGAAGAAGAGGAAAGAGGCUCUGCUGGCCCAAUAUGCGAAUGUCACAGAUGAAGAGGAUGAAGAAGAGGAGGAAGAGCAAACGGCAGUGGUGAUACCCAGUGAAAAAUCACUAUUCAAAAACACCAACGUUGAAGAUGUUUUGAACCGCCGCAAACAGCAACGGGAUAACGCUAGAGAGGAUGCACAGAAGAAGAAAGAACAAGACAAGAUGCAACGUGAGAAAGACAAACUGGCCAAGCAGGAGCGAAAGGACAAAGAGAAGAAAAGGACACAGAAGGGAGAACGCAAGAGAUAGAGAUGCAUGGAUUAUAUAAGGUUCUUUACAAAAAUGAGCGAAUAGGAAAAAUACAAUGAAACCUCAGCAAACAAUGUCCAGACUAACAAUAUGAAUUCUGUUUUUGGUCUGAUGUUGUCUAUUAAAUGAUAAUGUAGGGCCUAUUGAAGCAGUUUCUAGGCUUAAAUCAACCACACACCAGCAAAUGAAUGAAAUCGUCAUCAUGACCCAUAUAUUACAGGUGCUUAAUGCUAUACUACUUUUUUUAAAGUGUAUCUCAUAAAACAAGACUAUUUUUCACUCCAAAAGCUAAAAUAUUUGUCUUUAUUAUCUUGCAGAAUUAUAAUAGUGAUAAUGCAAAAUAUUUUCUUUUGAAUUUGGGGUGAAAUGUGACCUAGACUUUCUUUUUUUAAGAUCAAACCUUUAAGAUCUACCAGCAGGUAACCAACACGCUUGGGUCAAAAAACACCAUCUUUUUCCUUGACAACUGUUUUUAUGUUCUCCACAGGCUGGUAAUCAUUAGCAUUUCAGUGAUUAUAUAUAUAUAUAUAUAUAUAUAUAUAUAUAUAUAUAUAUAUAUAUAUAUAUAUACUGUAACUCAAGACGUGUUACAUCUAUUUAUUCAUAUUGCAAGUUGUUGUUUUUUCAAGACGACCUAAAAAACCAUAGGUAGCCACUUUGUCAUGUAGCAAUAUAUGAAGAGGGCUCGCAGUCAACCCAAAGACAGAAAAACAGUUUUUUGGAGGGGCUGAACUAUGAACACGUCUGUGUACUGAUAAACGCCACACAAACAGAUCUUGGUGGAAGUCUGCGUCUUUAUUUUUGGUUGUUUUUUAUUAUGUAUUUGCAGUGUAUAACAUUGAAUCUAUGUGAUAAUUCGUGUGUGUGUGUGUGUGUGUGUGUGUGUGUGUGUGUGUGACAAAUAACAACCAUUUAUUUGACGCUGCUACAUACAGUAUUGUGCCAAUACCUUUCAUAUUGCCUUGUAUACUGUCAGGCUCCCUCAUAGGCAAAGACAUAUCUUUAAUUGCUAGCAUCUUUUAACUAUUAAAUGCUGAUUAUUUGAACCUUUUUAUUGGAGCUUCAGGUUUUUGUACACUAAAUUAUUCCAAAAUUAUUACAAUAAACAGAAAGUUGUGUGAAUGAACAUUUGUUUUCACUUUUGGCUGAUAUGACCAUUUAACCACCAAUUAAACAUGGUAUUAUGGUGUUGUAACUGUAGAUUGUACAUCACAGCCAGAUCCUUAAACAUUUUGAAUGUGUAAACAAUGCAAAUCCCAUCGAUUAUCUGUUUUACCUUGCAGAGACUAGACCAACUAAAAUGAAAUGUGUAGUGGUUAUAAAGUCAUACCAAUUGCUUUGCAUCGAAUAUAUUUAAUUAGGGUAUUUUUAAUGUAUGCAAUAAAAGCCUUAAAUUGAGCUCUGACACAAUACUGAUGAAACUGUUUUACGUCCUGCUUCCAUCUAAACAAACACUGCAUAUCUUCUACUUUUUUCUGUACAUCAGAAACAUUUUAAUGUUAAGGUAAAUCAAACUAUUUACUAUAUUCAGGGGUCAAACUUGAGUAACUAGAAAAUAGGAUAUAAAGGGUUUGAGAGUGAGAAACUUGUUUACAAAUGCUUUCCUAACUAAGCAAGCCAGUUGUUCAUGGGGUAAACUAAUCAUAACACUUCUCUUCUGACAGCUAAAUUUUUCUUUAACACUUUAGGUUCAUCAAAAUGUUGACUUGAAAAUAAGUUUUUUAGUCACUGUGCAUUAAAUAACAGUGUAUCUUUGAAUAAAUGAAUACAUUUGUAUUUAAAUAAACUGUAGUGUUAUGCACCA